AUGCAGCGUCACGCUGAACAUGUUCGAGCUGCUCACCAAGACUCUGAGCAAGCGCAAUCAGCGCUUAUCCUCUUCCCCCCUUACCCCAUUUCCUCUCUCCGCACAUCAUCUCAUUCCCUUCCAAUGUCGCUCACCAAGACUCUGAACAAGCGUGUUCCCGAGCCUGUGACCAUUCUCGGCCGCCCAUUGGUCAUCUGGUUCGAUCGGGUGUCCGACCAAUGGCGGGUCUUCCAUGACCUCUGCCCUCACAGGCUAGCCCCGCUAUCAGAGGGGCGGAUCCAUGAAUCAGGGCAGCUGCAGUGCUCCUACCACGGAUGGACGUUCUCAGGAGAAGGCUCGUGCGGGCUCAUUCCUCAGGCUCCUGCAGAUGGACCAGCGGUGAACGCGUCCCCUCGAGCAUGUGCGCGUGUGUACCCCAGUCGGGUGCAUGAAGGCAUCAUCUGGUUCUGGCCGAACUGCUCCCCCUCCGCUGCUGCUGAAGCAGCUGCUGCCCCGCCUCCCCCGUCCCUCCCUGAGUUUGACGAUCCGAGCUUUCGAUACGACACGGGCAUGGCGGACCUAGAAUACUGCUACGAGAUGCUGAUGGAGAAUCUGCUGGACCCAGCGCAUGUGCCCUUCGCCCAUCACAAGUACCAGGCGGAUCGUAACAAGGCGGGGCCACUACCGUCCAUGGCGGUAACCAGCAUCACCGCACGGGGCAUCGAGGGCACCAGCUUUGUGGGCAGCGGCCUAGCUGCUGUGGUCCCCCCCUGCACGCUCAUUCAGAAGCUGCUCAUUGGGGGGAAAGUGGCAGAGGGGUCGGGCAAGAAGCAGCGGACGGCAAUUCUAUUCUUCCACUGCAUUCCCCGCCUGCCGGGGCAGAGUCGUCUCAUCUGGUUCUUCAUGAACAACAUCAUCCCGCCCUGGGUGCCCAUGCCGCCCGAGUGGUUCGUGCACCUGACAAGGAUGAAAGUGCUAGACACCGACCACCCGUUGCUGCACCUCACAGAGCGGCGGCUGGAGGAGGAGGGAGGGGCAGAGCAGGGGGUAAAGAACUACUACACUCCCACAUCAGCCGACUCGUUUGUCUCGGCCUAUCGCUCCUGGCUGCUCAGAUUUGCGGGCGGCAAGGCCCGCUUUCCUGCCUACGUGAAUCCACAGCUCCCCCCAGCCAAGUCAAGGCGGGAGAUUCUUGAUAGCGGGCGCAGCGCUGGUCUUUUGAGGUGCAUCAAAAUUCAAACCUCCUCUCACACCCCUCACCCCCCCAUCCUCCCCAAAACUGCAGGCAGCGCUUCCAUGUGCGGCUCCAAGUUUCAGAACCCCGAGGAGAUGCUCUUUUCUUCCCUCUCCCCAUUCUGUGCCCUCUACCCCUCUCCUCCCCUUAACCGUCUCCACCCUCGCCAACACUGCAGGCAGCGCUUCCACGUGCGGCUGUGCCCCGACUGCCAGCGAGUGCAGCGCUGGUCUGACCGCCUCCGCACUGCCCUCUGGGCCGCCUCCCUCCUCCUCCUCGCCGCCACCGCUCUUCUUCCCAUCGCCCCCCCUGCUAUUCGGCAAGCGGCGGGCCCCAUGGGUGCUGUUUUUGCAGCGGCUGCUGCGGUGGUGUGUGCGGCUGCUGCCCACUGGUUGAAGGGGUUCAUCGAGAGGAAUUAUGUGUACGAGGACUUUGUUCAUGCGCUCUGGUACCCUGCGAAGAAGUAA